AUGCAGCAAUACUACAUACCGACCGCAAGAGAAUUGGCUCGGUUGUCAGAAAUUCAAAGAUCUCCAAUCCUUCAUCAUUUUGCAGAAUCAUUCUCUGGUGCUACAACUAUUAGAGCAUUCGGGCAGAAGGACCGUUUCAGCAAUACAAACCUUGAUCUCAUAGAUAAUUACUCAAGGCCAUGGUUUCACGAUUUUUCUGCAGUAGAAUGGUUCUCAUUCAGGCUGGAUUUGUUAUCCAACUUUGUGUUUGCUUUCUCACUGAUUUUGCUUGUGAACCUGCCAGAAGGAUUUUUCAGUCCAAGCAUUGCAGGGCUUGCAGUGACCUAUGGAUUAAAUCUCAAUUCACAACUUGCGACUAUCAUCUGGUUUAUAUGCAACAUAGAAACUACAAUGAUCUCAGUCGAGAGAAUACUACAAUACUCAAGGAUUCCAAGUGAAGCUCCUGUACUUAUUGAAGGUUGUCGACCACCAACCAAUUGGCCACAAGUUGGUACUAUAUGCUUCAAGAAUUUGGAGAUAUGUUGUUUUCUAAAAACUUAUGGUUUGUUGCUAUUGUUGUUGAUACAGGUCAGAUAUGCUGAACAUCUGCCAUCUGUCUUGAAAAAUAUAACGUGCACAGUUCCAGGAAGAAAACAAGUUGGUAUUGUAGGACGAACUGGCAGCGGCAAAUCGACUUUGAUACAGGCUCUUUUCCGUAUUGUUGAACCACGAGAAGGAACCAUUCAAAUUGAUGAUGUUGAUAUCUGCAAGAUAGGUCUCCAUGACUUGCGUUCCAAACUAAGCAUCAUACCACAAGACCCAAUAUUGUUUGAGGGAACAGUGAGGGGAAACCUUGAUCCAUUGGAGGAAUACUCAGAUAGCAGGAUAUGGGAGGUACUAGACAAGUGUCAGCUUGGUGAUCUGAUGCGACAAGAUAGCAAGAAGUUGGAUUCAACAGUUACUGAAAAUGGAGAAAACUGGAGUGUUGGACAGAGGCAACUAUUCUGUCUAGGAAGAGCACUGUUGAAGAGAAGUAACAUUCUUGUUCUGGACGAAGCAACAGCCUCAAUUGAUUCUGCUACAGAUGCAAUAAUCCAAGCAACAAUACGUCACGAAUUCAGAGACUGCACAAUACUCAUCAUAGCUCACAGGAUUCACACGGUUAUAGAUAGCGAUCUCAUUCUUGUUCUUAGUGAAGGAAGCAUUGUUGAGUAUGACAAACCAUCCAAGUUACUGGAACGAGAAGAUUCAUCAUUUGCUAAGCUUAUAAAGGAAUAUUCAACGAGAUCACAGAGCAUUCACAAUCCAACACAUACUGCAACUAAGACAUCAUAA